AUGUGGCCGGCGGUCAAGUACCUUCCAGAGGCUCGUUCGUCUCACAACCGGCCUGCUGGCACGAUAGCAACGACGUUGGCGAACGUUGACGCUACCUUGUACCGCGACUACGAGAAAUGCUGGACGAUACAACUCUGA